UGCCCCAUCAUUGGUGUCAGUGGGGGAGGGAGGAAUAGUGCCCCAUCAUUGGUGUCAGUGGGGGGAGGAAUAGUGCCCCAUCAUUGGUGUCAGUGGGGGGAGGAAAAGUGCCACAUCCUUGGUGUCAGUGGGGGGAGGAAUAGUGCCCCAUCCUUGGUGUCAGUGGGGGGAGGAAUAGUGCCCCAUCCUUGUUGUCAGUGGGGGGAGGAAUAG